AUGAAGGAUCUUGGGCCAGUAAACUACUUUCUCGGUUUGGAAAUUGAUAGAAGUGAAGCUGGGUUCUUUGUAUCUCAACGCAAGUAUGUUCAAGACAUGAUCAAGGAGUUUGGAAUGUCAAACACAACUCCCCUCAAACUUCUAAUGCAUGCUCAUGUGACCCUGACUCUGGAUAAGGGAAAUCUCCUGGCAGAUCCUAGUAUUUAUCAAAAACUCUUGGCGAAGCUCAUCUAUGUGACAAUUACAAGGCCUAAUCUUUCAUUUCCUGUGCACAAUUUAGCUCAGUUCAUGCAGAAACCAACCAAUGUGCACAUGCAAGCGGCCAAGAGAAUAUUAAGGUACCAUCUGAACAAUCCGAAACAUGGAAUUCUUCUGGCUUCGUCAAGUGCUGCCCAGCUCACUACUUAUUGUGACAGUGACUGGGCAACAUGUCCUGUGACUCGAAGGUCGACCUCAGGCUACUGUGUGUGA